UUCAUUCCUAAUAUAUUUGUGGAUCACCUAUCCAAAAUUAAAUUAAUAAUGGUUAAGCAAACCGUAUUAUUUUUUAUUACAUGUCGCCCCCAUAUAAAAACCUAUUGAAUAAUGAUUGUCCUUUAAGGCCGACUGGUCGAAUCGACGAAUCUCUGACAAACGGGUACGUAAGCCCUGAUCCCAAACCUAUGAACAUAUUCAUCGACCUGCCCUUCAUAGAAGAUGUCACCAAAUUCGCUGUUGAAGAGAUGGCGAGACAAAUCACUCUCAUCGAUUGGGGAAUUUUCAGAUCGAUAACGUUGGAAGAGUUUCUCAGCUACGCUUGGGACAGCAAAAAUAAACGCGACAGCUCUACUUCGGUCGCCAAAUUCACCAACCAGUUUAACACGAUUAGUUUUUGGGUAAUCGGCGAAAUAUUGAAAUCGAAUAUGCCGAAAAGAAGAGCGGCAGUGGUGUCUUAUUUCAUAAAAUUAGCCAAGAAAUUGCAUUUAAUCAACAACAUCCAUUCGGAAUUUGCCAUAUUAUCUGCCCUCAGAAGCGCUUCCAUUUACAGGCUCGAAAGGACUUGGAACCUCGUUCCGAAAAGGCAUAAAUAUCAAAUGGAGAAACUUCUCAAACUUUUUUCGGAGACUGAUAAUCAUUCCGAGCUAAGAAAUUACCUGAACAACAUAAAACUUCCAUGUAUCCCUUACACUGGCCUUUACCUGACCGACCUGGUGUACAUAAAUCACGUGAAAGAGGUGAACACGAGAUCCCCAGCUAAUAAGACGCGAUCUUCGCGACCUCACGACAAUUGGCUCUCUCUCACCUGUUCCAAAACUAGCCAAUCACAGAUUGACCGCAUUUUGCGCAUACUCUCCGAGUACCAGAGAUCGAAUUACGAUUUCUUGUAUGCUCCGGCCUCGUUUAUUUUGGAUUAUCUUUUGGCUCUUUCCGAAAAAGGCGUCUCCCGAUCAUCCCUCAAAUUUUUGGAGUCGACCUAUUAUGCCCGCAGCUUGAACCUUGAACCACCGGCCUUGCCCCCACGUGCUGCGCCGCCCAUUUGCGCUCCCUUUUUCGCUUUUGGUAGUCGUCUCUACGAUUACAACGCGGAUGAUAGCUUAGAGGCCGCUGAUAACUUGAACUCGAAUAUCCUGGGAUGCGAUGCGAAGGAGAAAAUCGUCAAUGUAAAAUCGAUCGUUACUAGGGCAGAAAACGGUGACCUAUUAGCUGAUAAGGAUCCAACCCUUAGCAGUAAAAUAAAACGCAACGAUAACGACCUUGAAGCAGAACGGGCCCUCGACUACGAUAAAAAUAACGAAUCACCUAAAACCGAUCAACUUGCUAAUCCCAAACAUCCCGAAAUCACUGAAAAUGGUAAACCUUUUAAACCUACCAAUGCAAAUGGAAAACAGUCGAUAGCAAACGGCGAUGAAAAUGGAAGGCGUCAAGCUGUGGCUAAAAAUAAGGAAAGGCGUUUUACAUUGGAGUACCCUUGUGGCGCUCUUUUUGGUCAAAGCAAUGACGUUAUCGAGGACGUCAUAGUUAAGGCCGGUUUGAGAUCUCUGCCCAGAGGCAAUGGCAUGUCUGGUAGCAAAGUGCCCCUCUUGCUUACCACUACGUCCCCGGAGUCGAAUGGUGGCCCCUACGGGUUCAAUAUUUCCGCCCCAUCCGGCAAUCAUGGACCCCUGGGGCACUCAACACUUCGCCAUCGGGCCUCUUUCUCCGAAGAUCGUGCCAAACCCCUGCCCUAUCUCGAAAGGGCCCGUCUUCGUAUUCAUUCGCGCCUUACCCAUCUGAUCCACACCCUAACUCGUUCUCCACCCUCCCCGUCGCCCUGUGAUUAUUUGGAUUUUGGUAACCGUGGAGAGGCUAUUAGACCCGUUUGCAUUUCGGCUAUCGAGGAGGGUGACAGAAGGCUUAACGAAAAACAUCGCACUAAUAACGGUUUUUUGCCCCACAACAAAAACGAAAGCCUAAAUAAGUAUCUUUUCUGCGAAAAUGACGUCUCCCAAAACGUAAACUUGAUUCCUCGUAAACCCUACCCCCUCAGCUUAGAGCAACGUGAUAUUAUCGAUAAUGAACGUACAAAUGACAUCUCACCGGAACAAUACGAAUCCUCCUUUGUUACUCGUUUUUUUUCUCCCCUCACGCGUAUCGUAUCACCAGCCGUCUGCUCAUCACGGUACCGCGUCGCGAGCAAGGCGUUUCGGGGAGGUAGCGGCAGGAAAACGCUUUCGCGAGCGGCACUUCUAACUAUGGGUGGAAUUUGUAAUGACGGGCAACUUGUGGAAUAUGCCGAACCAUUAUUCUCGACCGCCUCCGUCACGAGGAGCCGCCCUUCCCUUAGUCCGGUUAGGAUAAUCAAUUACACCUCAUUUGACAAAAAGACGUGCAUCCCAUCAAACGGCAACUGUCUUCCGGAUCACCAGUUCGAUACUACCAACCACGAAAAUAACAUGCUUGAAGAAGGGGAGGAAAGAGCCGUUCUGUAUUUCAUGGAAGGGGAUCUUCCCCCCUACAAACUUGACUGCCUUAACUCCAAGUGCAAUCUGUACGUUCCGGAAGAAGGUACUCCACCUACUAACCUCGGUUUUAGCGAACGAGGCCCCCGCCGCUCUCUAUAUUCGCCUACGUUCCUAGUCCAGGGCGAUUGGGACCUUAAGAUUUUGGAUUACCUCAAUGAAAAGAUGGCACCUUGGCAAACGUACCACGUCGAGAUGACGAAAGAAGAACUGUUUCUUUAUCGGGUUGAUUUUGUUCCCUAUGAUGCACGUGAUACACCCAUUAGCGAUGAGCAGUUCACAGUCGCAGCCACGAAUCCUUCGCAGGAUUCCCAUGACGCCCUGGAUCAAUCAAUCAUAGCCCUCUACCCACCACCAUUUUUGGUAUUGGAUGAACACCUUUACCGUUCCAACAUAAAAUUCAACCAGCUGUUCCAGGUCGUGCCCAACAAAAUAGCCGCCUUUUUAUACGAUCGACCCAUCGUCAAUACUUUUGCCCUGCUGAACCAAAAAAAAAGUAUACUUUACAUAUUUUACAAUUCCGACCUGGAAAAAUGCCACGAAUGGAAAGGACAUUUCAACGAAAUCUACAAAAAUCAGAAAAAUUAAAUGACUAAAAUAUUUAAUAUUUUCAUUUUUUAAAAAUAAUAUAAAAAAAUGUGAAAUUAUUAAUUGAAAUACAACUAACUGAAUACAAAAUAAUCUUAUUUAACCUUUUUUAAUCCAAAAACCCUUGUAUUUAAAGUUCCUAUACUCUCCCCUAAACGUCCAUAGCCAAUAUUUUUAAACGUUACUUUUAAACAAUUGUUUUUUUAAGAUAAAAUUAGCUUUGGACAUGUAGAAUUAUAAAAAUUAAAAGAUCACAAAAUGUUUAUAAUUUGAACUUAAUAUGUAUUUAAUAAAUCGUUUUCUUUUAUUGUUGUUUUUUUUAAAAAAGCCGAAAUUCAUUGUAUAUUGUUUCGUAUUAAUAUUAAACACCUACUAAUUUUUUUUUGGAUACAUUUAAUGUCUAAAAACAUUCGUAUGUUUUUUUACAAUCAUUUCAAGUGUGCUAUAUUUUUAAAAUGAUUUUAACCU